AAAACAGACAUUGCUUUGGGCCGGACGGGCCCUCUCAGCAGCGUGAGACCCCCUCCACGGCAUCUCACCGAACCAGCCAAUCCCGUCGCGUGUAGCUGCACUGCACAGAGAGCUCGUGCUCAAAGAAUCAGUGUUCGAGAGGGAGAACUGCUCGGCGAGAACAAUGGGAGUACAAGUCGACACUCUAAAACCCGGAGAUGGACGGACUUUUCCGAAGAGAGGGCAGACGGUGAAGGUGCACUACGUUGGCACGCUGACAAAUGGAGCUAAAUUCGACUCCUCCAGGGACCGGGGAUCUCCCUUCGAGUUCCAGAUUGGACAGGGUCAAGUAAUUCGUGCUUGGGAUGAAGGUGUAAUGCAGAUGAGCAUUGGCCAGGUUGCCCGGCUGACCUGCUCACCGGACUAUGCGUAUGGCGCUAGAGGAUUCCCACCCGUCAUCCCAGCAAAUGCCACUCUCAUCUUUGAAGUGGAGCUGCUCAGUUGCUGAGUGUUUAAAAUUGAAGGUUGCUCUGCAGAGUUUCUCAUUCCACCCACACCCGGACACAAAUAACUUUUUAAUUAAAGGUGCUAUCAGAAGCAUUUAUAAUCAGGAAUAAAUCGUUGUAGAAAGAAUGCCGAUGUCUUGGUAUGAUUUAGACAAAUGUUAAACAUGAGACCAUAAUAAUGCAACUGGUAUUAUUGUUGCUAAGAUGAAACUUGGAUCCAAAAACCUUAAACAAAUAGUAUAGCAUUUUGAAAAAUGUGCUUAUUUCUUUUAGGAUUUAUGUGGCUUAUAUUCUUACAUGUGACUGAUAAAUGUUAGGUAGCACAGCAGACAGUAAUGGAAUACGAGCAGAUGACACAGUGACAUCAGGAAGACUUGUGUGCUGUUCUUAAUUUGUGUGCCAUUAAAGAAUCUUUACAGAAUUGUCACUAAAUCUGAACCAGUGGCACUAAACCUGCAAACUCUUGUUGGUUCAUAAAUGUCUAACUCCAGCAUCAAAAGUAAAAUGUAAUGAUUUUUGAUAUCGAAAAAUGUAAAUGAAACACCUUUUAAUGAAGAGCUUAUUUGUGUUUUCUUGCCUGAAUUUCUCCCUUCGGUAGAUGAACUGAGUUGACAGCUUGAAAGUUUGACACAAUGUAAAACACGUUUCUUUGAAAACUGUCUUAUGACUUAAGUUUUUAUGCUCAUUUGUGUUGCCAUUUGUAGUGUGAGGAAUAGAUUUUGAAUCCCGUCCCUUGUAAUAUUCUCUUGGGUCUUUGGAAAGGCCUCAAGUGUCCUUGUUUUUCAGCAUCAUGCUUCACAUCAUUUUUGGUAAUGUUUUUUUUUUCUUCAUUGUGCCAUUCUUUAGGAAUUGUCUUACCUGUGGGUAUUGCAUUAAAAAGAAAUUAUUCACAAUU